AAACCCCUCCCCCACGUUUCACUUUGUUGCAGUGUAUAAAUACAGAGUCGUACACGCUUCAAAAUGGCCGCUUUGAGUUUGAGAUCCUCAGUUUUGGCUACUAAUAUCGCGGUCGCUGCCGUUUCCACAUCUACUUCCACUUCUACUUCUUCCAUUUUCUUGAAAUUCCGAUCUACCUCCGCCUGGGCUAUUUCCUUCUCGGUUUCGCCCCUCUGCUGCAGAAGACCUAGGCGUAUGGCGCACUCCAUAGCUCGGGCCACUCUUGGCCUCACUCAUCCCAAUCAAAUCGAACGCCCCAAGAUAUCAUUUGCUGCAAAAGAGGUUGAUUUGCUUGAAUGGAAAGGAGAUAUCCUUGCAGUGGGUGUAACAGAGAAGGACAUGGUUAAAGACGAAAAUUCCAAGUUCCAAAAUUUGAUCUUGCAAAAGUUGGAUUCAAAAUUGGGUGGUUUGCUGUCCGAAGCCUCCUCCGAGGAAGAUUUUUCUGGGAAAUCUGGGCAAUCCACUGUUCUUAGACUUCCUGGUCUUGGUUCUAAAAGGAUUGGGUUAGUUGGGCUUGGAUCAGCAGUUUCUUCAACCACUGCUUAUCGUACUCUCGGUGAGACUAUUGCUGCAGCUGCUAAAUCUGCUCAGGCAAGUAGUAUUGCUGUUGCACUUGCUUCAGCCGAAGGCCUCUCUUCGGAAUCAAAGCUCAGUACUGCCUCAGCAAUAGCAACCGGAACUGUGCUGGGGAUUUUCGAAGAUAACAGGUUUAAGUCAGAGUCAAAAACUCCCACUCUCAAAUCUGUUGAGAUUCUUGGUCUUGGAACUGGACCCGAGAUUGAAAAGAAACUGAAAUACGCAGAAGAUGUUUGUUCAGGUGUGAUAUUUGGGAAAGAGCUUGUAAAUGCACCUGCCAAUGUACUUACCCCUGGGGUACUUGCCGAAGAGGCCAAAAAUAUUGCUUCUUUGUACAGUGAUGUUCUUACCGCAACAAUCUUGGAUGUUGAGCAGUGCAAAGAAUUGAAAAUGGGAUCUUAUUUAGGUGUCGCUGCGGCUUCUGCCAAUCCUCCUCAUUUCAUUCAUUUGUGCUACAAACCUACGAGUGGGUCGGUGAAAACCAAGCUGGCUUUAGUCGGAAAGGGAUUGACUUUUGACAGUGGCGGUUACAACAUUAAGACCGGACCAGGUUGCUCAAUUGAGAUCAUGAAAGUUGAUAUGGGCGGUGCUGCAGCAGUCUUGGGUGCAGCAAAAGCUAUUGCGCAAAUAAAACCCGCGGGAGUUGAAGUACAUUUCAUUAUUGCUGCAUGUGAAAAUAUGAUUAGUGGGACAGGCAUGAGACCUGGAGACGUUAUCACAGCUUCAAAUGGAAAGACAAUCGAGGUUAACAACACUGAUGCUGAAGGAAGGCUUACGCUUGCAGAUGCUUUAGUAUAUGCCUGCAAACAGGGUGUAGAAAAGGUAGUUGAUCUGGCUACACUGACUGGUGCCUGUAUAGUUGCUCUCGGGCCCUCUGUUGCUGGGGUUUUCACACCUAGCGAUGACCUGGCGAAGGAGGUACUUGAAGCAGCGGAUGUGAGCGGUGAAAAACUUUGGAGGAUGCCCAUGGAGGAGAGUUACUGGGAGACGAUGAAAUCUGGAGUUGCUGACAUGGUAAACACGGGUGGUCGCCAAGGUGGCGCGAUCACUGCCGCUCUUUUCUUGAAACAGUUUGUUGACGAGAAAGUACAGUGGAUGCAUAUUGACAUUGCCGGGCCAGUUUGGAGUGACAAGAAGAAGAGCGCCACAGGGUUUGGCAUUACUACUCUCGUCGAAUGGGUGCAGAAAAACUCGUCUUAGAUUACACAACAGGUUCUGCACUGACAAGGAAGUUAAAAACGUCGAGACUGGUGAUUGCCUGAUCUGAAAACGUGGCGGGCUGUGGCAGGAAGAAGUGUUUUUUACAACCUUGUUUAAAGAAUAAAAAUGCUCUUGUUCCUUGGAAAAGAUCAAAAAUGUUUUUUUGAGCUGGUUUUAUGGGUUAUGAAUCAAGAGUUCUGACAUUGACAUUAUCAAGCUGGUUUUAUGGGUUAUAUGAAUUGGAAUUGGGCAUGUUCCUUUUAUUGUUGCAUAUUUACAUCUUCA